UCCCCCCCCGUCCGUGCAGAUGUGUUUCUUCCGCAAGCCAUGAGUUCAUUACAUGCAAAAAUAGAAAACAUUUGCAGGCUCUGUUUGUCCGGCGAUGACACUUUGGAGUCUAUUUUUGGUGAUAGUGGAAGCGAUGAGCUUCAGACGAUAAUCUACGACUGUACAUCGAUUAGGAUACAACCAAAGCUGGGUCUUCCGUCAUCGAUUUGUAGUGCGUGCAAGUCGAAGAUUGAAAACUUUCACGAGUUUCGUGAACGGUGCCUACACAACGAUGAGUACCUCCGCACGACGUUACAGUUGGUUGUGCCAAAGCAAGAACAGGACAACGAGUCCGAGGAGGAGGACGACGAGGAAGAGGAUGUGGAUAUUAAGCUGGAACCGGAGGUACUGUUGGACGAGCAGAGCGACGUAGAUCCGAAGGAGGACGAUGAGCAAGAGGACGACAUGAUCGUCGAUAGGAACGAUAACAAAAUCAAACGCUCAUCUCUGGGACAGCCGGACGGAUUGGACGGUCAGCAAGGGUUCAAUUCCCACGAACCAGAACCGGACGAAUGGGAUGAGGCCGGUUCAAACGACCUAGAUUCCGUUGGCAACUCUUCGACGGAAUCGUUCAACUUCCCCUACCUUUCUCCUGACCCAACGUACGGUUCGUUGCUAAAGUGUGAAUUUUGUUCGCUGGAAUUUUCCGUACUUGAACAGUUGAAGCGACACAUCACGAGUCACAAGGAGGAACGGAUAUUUCAGUGCUACUACUGUCCGAAGACGUUCCAUUUCGCGAAGAACCUUAACAUGCACGUCGAGUACAUCCAUUCGAAGGCAAAGUACACACCGUCCCAGGUGGCUAAAAUGAUUGCCCGUCAACAGAGUCUAGUCCAUAGCAGUAGCAGUAACAAUAGUACCGUGAGCCAGAGUACGAACGGUGGGCUAAGCCCGCUAUCACCCUUGCUGGACACUAGCGAUUGUUUAAACAAUAACACCAUCCCAAGCAGCACUGGCAUAAUGGAUGCCGGCGCUGGCUUAAGCCUUAACAUUAACCUGAACGGAAAUACAAACGGCUCGUCGGGCUUGGGACGAAAUUUGAAACCGAUCCGAUUGCCUGCGGCCCUCGGAUCGUCCGGAGCAGUGGAAGGAAGGCGCGGUUCUUCCGUACAGUCGAUCGGGACGUCCAGCGGGCACGAGUGCCACGUGUGCCACAAGAGCUAUGCCGAAUCGUCCGCGCUGCGGCAACACAUGCUCGUCCAUACGGGCGAAAAGCCGUACAAAUGUGAUAUCUGCUCGAAAUCGUUCUACAACGCAAGCACGCUUAAAACGCACCAGCGAAUCCACAGCGAUCACAAUCCGUACCGGUGCGGCACGUGCACGAAGAUGUUCGACAAUGCGCGCAGUCUCGAGCUGCACCAUCGCACGCAUACGGGCGAAAAGCCGUACGCGUGCGAUGUGUGUUUGAAGAAGUUUUCCUGUUCCUCGAACUUGAAGCGCCACAGGAAGCUGCAUGAUCGCGACUAAACCCAUCCGGUAAAUUCAGGAAGCAA